AUGAAAGCCAUAAAUGGUAAAUCGCCCAUCACUCGCAACUUGACGCCCGUGUUCACCCGGCAUCGGGAUCGACGGGCUGCAAGGAAGCUUGGUGGUGGGCUGCAUGGCGACGUGGAUCGUCUGCUCGACGUGGAGGGGGGUCGAAAAGAGGUCUCGCUGGAGAUGGCCCCUCUGCCGCCCCAAUGGGUCGAGGCAGCCGAACAGGCGAGAGAGGACAUCAAGACAAUCAAAGACAAGAUGGUGCAGCUUGAGAAAGCGCAGUCAAAGCGCCUUAUUCGAGUAUUCUCAGACGACAAAACUCCCGACAGAGAGGUCGAACGAAUAUCCAACGAAGUGUCAAAUCUUGUGAAGAGAUGCGAGAAUUCAAUCCACCAGGUCAAGACCCGUGGAACUGCUCUUGCCUCCGAGAAGGAUAGAGAGUUGAGGCAGAACAUGCAGCGGAAUCUCGCUACUCAGCUUCAACAGCUCUCGCAGCAUUUUCGGCAGUCCCAGAAGGAUUACCUGAAUGACAUCAGAAACCGCCAGAAGGGAGGCCUGAUAGACGAUGUUGCGAAAGGAAGCAUGCCCGACGCCGACAUAGGUUUCACCGAUGGUCAGCUCCAGGACUUGCAAGAGAUGGAGCAAAGUGCGACCGUGAGGAAUGAAGAAAUCAACAAAAUCGCGGCCUCCAUCACGGAUCUGCAUACAAUUUUCAAGGAGCUUGCGGUGCUGGUCAUAGACCAGGGAUCCAUCCUUGACCGCAUUGACUACAACAUUGAGCAGGUGGUCCACCAGAGUGCCGAAGCAAACAAGCAGCUUCGAAAGGCAGAAGAAAGCCAAAAAAGCAAUCGAGCCAUGAACUGCAUCUACUUCCUGGUCAUUGUCAAUCUUGUCCUGGCCUUGGGAAGACCAGCAGCUUAUCAUGCCAAGCACAAUUUCAGCACAAUUGUAGUGAGCGUCGAUGUUCUGCAUGCAGACAUGGCUCGCUUUUUUCCAGUGCACAGACAAUUCUCAACGCCCGAGUUCGGCACCGUUGCAGCAGCGACAUCCGGCAAACGGCAGAAGCUCGCGGUGAAAAAGCGUAGGACCCAGGCCCUAGGCUUCCACAACCGAUACCAAGAUGCAGUGUCCACGCUCAUGUCUGUGCAGGUGUGCGGCAAGCUGUGUGGGGAUUCCGCACGAGCACAUCUAGGAAACACAGAAAACAGUGCAGUGUUUUCAGAGUCCUUCACUUCGAGCGUGUUCAUAAUGUACGAGAUGUGCACUUUGGCGGAGCACAUAGCUCUAGUAAUGGUUAGAGAUAUUCGCGGUCGAAACAGGUAUCGACGGUCGUGCCCUGAUCACCUGCUCUCUGGCUUGCAGAAAGCUGGAUACGUGGACCCGGAUGACGAGCGCAUUCAGAAGGCAGUCUUCAAAGCUGCGGCAUCAGAGCUUGCUUCCUCUUUCAGAAGGGACAGCGGCAGCUCAUUGAAGAAAGGGCCAGGUCACAAGGAACGCCAACAAGAGCGGGAAGUCCGUAAAGCAAUGAAGAACCGAGCUAAGCAGCCCCAGGAGAAGGCCUCUUGGAAGCAGCAGGCUGCUGGCUGGUUCUUCAUCUUGUUCAUGUGUGGCAUAGGCUUCUUUUCGUUCCUGUUCUCAAUCUCCGACAUGAUCAUUGGCAAUGGUGUUGUGACGCUUGACGUUCAAGACACCGCAAAAUUAAAGAAAGUGCUCUUCGGUGGAGAUCCCUGGCUCGUCUACUGCAUAAACGACGAGACUGUCAAUCACCGCUUGCCACAAAUUCUUGAGGAAUCUGCCAGAAGUCUUUGGCGGAGCUUGGGGUUGAGUGUUGGCAUUCUUCGUUGUUGGGACCAGACUUCUAGUGGUCGAAGUGUGGCCCAGCGGUUCAGCCUUAGCCUGAAGCCACCUUUGUCCUUCGUUGUCGCCAAUGGCAACAAGCCGCGACCUCUUCAUCUGACUGGAAUUUCAAAGGUCGAGGACCUGGAGAAGAGAAUAAAGCCUGCUCUCGUUUUGGAAAUACAUCGGAUUGACGCGUUAAAGAAGUGGUCAACUCUCUGCACUUCACGUCGAUCCUGUGUCGUCGUGGGCCACAAGAACACCGCUCAGCGGGACACGGCUCUCAACGUUUUGAGGCCAUUGCAAGAAAAGUUUCGCAGUCUCAAAUUUGUGUCGCUGGACACGUCUUUCUGGCAGCUGAAGCUUGAAGAAAGCAUUCUUGCAACACGAAGCAAAGAGAAGGGUGGCGCGGAUGUGCUUUGCCUGACACGAGAUGAUUCGACAGGCAAUGCAACCCACGGUGGCUUGUUCAUGCAAAGCAUGGACGCCAGCGGCGUCACAUCCUUUCUUCAGGCCUGUGCUGACCAACAGUCGGCGCCGCUGAAGUCCAUGCCGAGGAUCAAAGCGCGUCCUUCAAAACCCAAAAAGGUGACUGCAACCUCGGCACCGGCACCUCGUCCAAAGCCAUCCCAGCAGCCAGCACCUCCCCACCACAGGAAAGGCAAAGUUGACCAAGUGGGGUCCAGAGACAGUUUGCAGGACGAGGAGCCACUUUUCGAGGCUGUGGAGGAGGUGGAAGCUGAGGAGGACGGCGACCAAGAUGAAGAAGACGAAGGUGGUGACGAGGUUGAGCUGUGA